AUGGCUACGACCUUAUAUGAGACGCUAGGAUUGGGCAGAAACGCAUCCCCAGAAGACAUUAGGAAGGCAUAUCGUCGACGGGCUUUACAAACUCAUCCUGAUAGGCUUCCCCCGAACAUAUCUGCAACUGACAAAGCAGUCGCCGAGGAAGAGUUUCGCAAAGUGAAUAAUGCCUACGAGGUUCUCAACGACGAGCAGAACCGCAAACUCUACGACAGGUAUGGUGUCUGGCCACCUCCAGCAACUGGUCCAGAUAGCUCGCGGAGAACCAAUCACCGCCAGAAUUCCUUCGAUGCUUUCAAUUUUGAUCCGUUUGGCUCAUUUGGUCAUCAACAAUCAUUCGUAUUCACCGACCCCUUCGUGCUUUUCAACUCUCUGUUUGGCGACAUACACCAACUCCACCGACAGUUUUUCGAUGAUGAUCCAUUCUCUGCGAGUCAGUUCCAUGGUGCCUUUGGUCGCUCGCCUUUCGAUCGUAUGGGUGAUCCUUUCGGGCAUACUCUCAUGUCACCUUUUGGUGGUUCUAUCUUCGGCAGUGGGCCGGGUUUACUAGGAUCUGGGCCUAUGUUCUCCGACUUUAUGGGACCCAAUUCAAGACCAGGAGGAGCCUCGUAUGGAUCUGUCUCUGAGGCUGUCGGACGUAAUGGGCAAUGGGUCUCGCAGAGCACAGUUACUCGGUCAAUCAAUGGGCGUACAGAGACCACCACAAAGCGACGCGAUGCAGAGGGCAACGAACACAUAACAUAUUCCUCUCCAGAGGGAGAGCGCUACACCAUCAAUGGCGUGGAACAGCCUCUCCCGAAUGGGCGUGCCAUUGCAUCGGCCCCUGAUCCUUCACAGCGGACUCGACCGCCCCCGCCACUCGCCAUCGCCGCCCCGCCAUCGACCGCUGCUGCGACUGCCGGUUCUUUCGCGCAGCCUUCGGCAUCCGGAUUUCAUGCCCCGUCGUCUUCCCCGCACCAACCUCAGCCUAGGGCACAAGCUCAGCAGUACCCUGCAUAUACGCAGCUAUCUACUUCCCCGCCUCGUCGCAGCCCCAGCCGGAGCCUAUCCCUGCGCAGUAUCAGUCCUCGCGGACCGGCUAUCAUGGACAUAGAAGUCAUGGUGCCCAUGACCGCGAGCGUCGCGAUGUACACGACGCAACGCAUGGGCAUAGAAGCCAUGGUCGCUCUCACAGAGACAAGGAUCAUCCUCAUGAGCUUCGGCACUCUCACCGAGACGCACGGAUCAGAGAUGACAGAGGAUACGAUGGAGACAAGAGAGGGCAAGGUGGAUGGUGAGCGCGCGCGAUGCAGGCAGGCUGAGUGGCAUCACGCACUUUCUCAAAAGCAGGUUUGGCCGCGCAUCCUGAUUCAUGACCACGCUAGUACUACACUUUGCUACAACGCUCUACUCUUUUCUCGCUUUCCAUCUCCGCUCAUCCUCUUUGUACACUAG